AUGAAGUACAAUAAGCAGUCAAAGUAUUUUCUUCAAAAAAAUAUUUACAGUUUUACCAUUUGUUUUUAUUUUUACAAAAUAGACUUCUUACUUGUACACGCUGCCACCUUGGUGAAAAAAGCAAGAUGGUCAUUUGCUAAGGGUAAUCAAUGGGCAGCAUUUGUGCUAGCAGAAGGUGGAGUGGCAAUUCCUUAUUAUGCCGCGAGUAUUUGUUUGGUUACUACCUCUGGACUUUGUGCACCAAUAGCUGGAGCUAUAUUAGCUACUGUUGAUAUUGCGAUUGCUGCGAUAAUUCUUGGACAAUCAGAAGGUGACAUUAGCAAGCGUUCAAUUGUGGAUUCUGAUCAAUGGCUUGGAAUCUAUGGACAUUAUGUCAAUAUAACUGAAUGGCCACAUAGUAAUGGUACUGUUGUUUCUAAUGUGACCAAUACACCAAUAUUAUUUCACUAUAUUGCAACAAGUUAUCCUUCAAAAGAUGGUGUUGCAAAAAGAGAUGAUCAAACGAUAUUAAAUUCUUUAAUCUUUUCCAGUGAAUAUGGAAGUCACAUCGCAUCAUCACACAUUCAUAGUGUUACUGAGUUAUCUAAUUUAGUUGUAAAUGCAAUACAGGAAAUUUAA